AUGGUAGUUAAUACGGAAUGCCGAGACGAAGAGCGCCUUAUCACAGAAUCACAAGGCUGUGUAGCCAGCGACAGUUCCUCUUUCUGCAGGAUUUGCCAGGACAACAGUGAUACCGAAGAGCACUUGUCGACGACGCGAUGCGGAUGUAAGGGCCAGCUGUCGCGCGUUCACCGGAGCUGCCUCCUUGAAUGGGUCCGGUAUAAGGGUUCAAACAAAUGCGAGAUAUGCGCGCACACUUUCACAGGGGUUCUGCCGCCCGCCUCUGGCUUGGACCAUAACCAGAUAGACGCUAUCGAAGCCGUACAGGCAGAUCUGGCUCAGUACCAGCCGCUCUCCCGUCGGAAGAGGACGACGGUCGGUGGCGUCAUCCUCUUCCUCGCCAUCGUGACAAUCGUCACUGGCGUGCUGACCGUCGGCGCUGAGGACGAGUUCCGGCGGACGGCCGCGGACCCCUGGGGCACUGACAUGGAAUUGCGGAAGGCGCACAUGAUGCUCUCCAUCUGCCUCUCCUUCCUAUUCUUUUGCGUGACCUUGACCAUUGGGUUGAUUGUCGUGUGGCUGGUACUGGAGUUGUACUUCUACAUGAACCGUCGGCGGAUUUAUGCCCGAACCGCUGCCCGAUUUUUACAGGAGGCCCGACGCAGGUCGACAACGGCACAAAAUUCGGGAUCCACUGCUGUCUGA